AUGGCCGCUAGACGUGUUGAGAUGUUCCUUCUGUCGAGAAGUGUGCAUGAUCUGUACACACUAACCAAGGAGGAAUUAUGUUCAGUGGCUGAGAGGUUUCAAGUGGAGUUGAAAUCCAAGAAAAAGGAGGAAAUGCAGGCGGAGUUAAAAAAUGCUCUUGUGGAGAGGAGCUGGUUUGAAAAUGAUGGUGGUGAAAGUGAGGAUAAUGAUGAGGAGAGUGUAGGGGAAGUGGUAAAGGAAGCGGUGUUGGGAUCAACCCUUCUAUGUCCGGAUGUGUACCGGGAAAGGUUCCGCAGGACGACAAAACGCCCAGGUGAUACUUAUCUCGGGAUGACUCGAGAGGUUAUCCUUAAACUGGAUCGGUGGCUGAAGGCCGAGGAAGCCACUACGCUUGAAGAGGUAAAAGGAGUUAUACAGAUGGAACAAUUUAUGAGCCAAAUGCCCCUCAGUGUAAGAUGUGAGCUCGCAUCACACGACGUGAAAGACGUGAUGGAAGCCGGACGCAGAGCUGACAAGUACUGUGCGGUCCGUGGGAUGAACGGAGAUGAACACCAUGAAGGGAGGAAGCCAUUCUCCAGCAGAAAUGAUGGUCAUCAGAGAUAUAAGAAUGACAGUCAGAUGAGCUCGACAUCAGUCCACAGAUCAAACCAGCCCCGCCCUAACAACUAUAGUUUUCCCCACACUUACACCAUGCCCCCGCCAGCCGACCACAACAUGAGGUCUGCGCCCUAUGGGAGUAGGCCCAGGAGCAUUACCUAUUACCAGAAGGGUAGUGGGGAUGAAGGUGCAGUUAAGUGCCUUGGAUGUGGAAGUAGCGGGCAUAGGAAGUUCCAGUGUCCGAAGGGACGGCCGAAGCCAGUGGGAGCAGUUGCCGCCCAAAGAGACCUGAUAAAGUAUGUGGAGAAUAUGAAUGCAGAGAUACAAGAGGAGCCGCCGAAAGAUGAGGGCUUUGAGCACUUCACCAGUAAGGGCACAGUGAAAGUGGAGGGAAGCCCAGAGAAGGUGAUCAGAAUCCUUCGGGAUACGGGAGCUAACCAGAGUCUGAUCUUAAGUAGUGUACUCCCAUGGAAUGAGGAGACCAGCACUGGCAGAGAGGUCUCAUGCAAGGGUGCAGGGGGCCAGUUCAGUAUUCCCCUGCACAAAGUUUGGCUGGACUGUGGAUACGUCACUGGAGAGGUGACGGUGGGAGUGAAGGAGGCACUGCCCGUAGAUGGAGUGGAUAUGCUGGUUGGGAACGACCUGGCUGGAGGUCGAGUUAUCCCUAAACUUCAGAUGGUAGACAACCCUCUGAUAGGGAUGACGGAAACCACCACUCCAGCAGCAGUCCCUCACUCAACAGAUGGGGAAGCAGAGGUGCCUGAAUUGUUCCCAGUCUGCGCAGUGACCCGAGCGAUGGCCCGGAAAGAACGCAUGGACGCCGAGGGAGCAACGCAGGAGGACGAAGGCCUGGGCGUUCUGUUUGAGGAACCUGAUGAAAAAGGAACUAACCCGGAGUGCGCGAGUGGUGGACCGGUUGUAGGUCAGGUGGGGCCCAACCUUGAUUUUCUGGUAGAAAAGAACGAGUUGAUAAAAGUUCAGGAGAGUGAUGAAAGCUUGAAGUCUGCUUGGAAUGAGGCUAACAGGCUGGGUGAGCUUGACAAUGAGUACGUGGGCUACUACGUGAAUAACGGGGUAUUAAUGAGAAGUUGGAGGCCCCUGACAGCCCCAACCUCCGAUCACUGGAUGGUGAAAAGGCAGAUUGUGGUGCCAUGGGUGUAUAGGAAGAAAAUUUUGGAGAUGGCACACGAAGGUAAUCUGGCAGGACACCUGGGGGUCAGAAAAACCCUAGGAAAGAUCCUGUGUCAUUUUUACUGGCCUAGAGUGAGGGGUGAUGUGAAAGAGUUUUGUAAAACUUGUGGUUUGUGUCAGAAGGUGGGCAAGCCGAACCAGGUGAUUCGCCCUGCCCCCCUUCACCCUAUACCUGUGGUCGAGGAACCAUUCAGUAAGGUGGUGAUAGACUGUGUAGGUCCUUUACCAAGGACCCGGAGGGGGAACCAGUACUUGCUGACUAUUAUGUGUAUGUCAUCCAGGUUUCCUGAGGCCAUUCCCCUCAGGAGUAUAAACUCUAAAAACAUUGUGAGAGAACUGGUGAAAUUUUUCUCCUGGGUGGGAAUCCCUAAGGUGUUGCAGUCAGACCAGGGAAGUAAUUUCACUUCUCGUGCGUUCAAGGAAAUCCUAAGGGGUCUAAAGAUUGAACAGAGACUGUCGAGUGCUUAUCACCCUCAGUCUCAGGGUUGUGUAGAAAGAUUUCACCAAACUCUCAAAAACACUCUCAGGAUGUAUUGUGAGGAGAUGAGUGUUCAGUGGGAUGAGGCAUUGCCACUAGCCUUAUUCGCGUUAAGGGACAGUGUGCAGGAGUCAACUGGUUUCAGCCCAUUUGAGUUAGUGUAUGGCCAUGAGGUGAACGGUCCUUUAAGGAUGGUGAAAGAAAAAUGGUUAGGAGUAGAGGAGCCUCAUACUGUGGUGAAAUAUGUAUCUGAUUUCAAGGACAGAUUGAGGAGAGCUAGGGAAAUUGCUCGGGAAAAUCUGAAAAAUAGUCAGAGUGAAAUGAAAGGCUGGUAUGACAAGAAGGCGAGGGCCAGAUCUUUCCAGCCUGGGGACAAGGUCUUGGUUCUUUUCCCAUUGCAGGGUGAUCCUUUCAAAGCCAGGUUCAGCGGGCCUUGGGAGAUUGAGAGAAAAAUGAGUGAUGUAAAUUACAUUGUAAAAACUCCAGGGAGGAAGAAAAAGAACCAGUUGUGUCAUGUAAACAUGCUGAAGCCAUUUCACGAAAGGGACAGAGAAAAUGGAGAUGAUGUAGUAGGAGGAGUAAGAGCUGUGAGUGUUGUAAAUGUAACCACUGAGGCGGAGGAGAAGUGGUCUGAAGUGAAAUUGAGCAGGUGUGAAGGGAUGGUGCUAGAGAACUCAGCUGUGUUAGGGAAUUUAAAUGAUAAACUGUGGCACAUGGAGCUGGAGAAGAGGGAGAGGAUUAGGGAGAUAAUUGAAAGGUUCAGUUCUUUGUUCCCUGAUGCACCUAGAAAAACUAAUGUGGUGGUGCACGAUGUGGAUGUUGGGGAGGCUGAACCCAUCAAACAGCAUCCCUACAGAGUUAACCCGCAGAAAAGAGAGAUCAUGAGAAAAGAAGUAGAGUAUAUGCUGGAACACGACUUGAUUGAGCCCAGUGAGAGCCCAUGGAGCUCGCCAUGUGUACUGGUGCCCAAGCCUGGUCAAGAGAGUUUUCGUUUCUGUACGGACUACAGGAAGGUUAACAUGGUGACAAAACCUGAUGCUUACCCUAUCCCUAGAGUUGAUGACUGUAUAGAUCAUGUGGGAAGUGCCAACUUCAUAACAAAAAUUGACUUGUUAAAGGGAUAUUGGCAAGUAGGACUCACUGAGAGGGCAAAAGCCAUAUCAGCUUUUGCCACCAUGGAUGGAUUAUACCAGUAUAAAGUUCUUCCGUUUGGGAUGAAGAACAGUGGGAGUUCUUUUCAGAGGUUAAUGAACAGAGUACUGAAGGGCUUGAAGGGAUGUUCUGUGUACAUAGAUGACAUAUUGUUGUACACUGAGAGUUGGGAAGAACAUGUGCAGCUGCUGGAGGAAGUAUUCAGGAGGCUGGAUGAUGCCAACCUUACUGUCAACUUAGCAAAAAGUAAUUUCGUGCAAGCUGACGUGGAGUACUUAGGCUUCAAGGUUGGGAAAGGUGAAGUGAGAACCGUGGAAGCCAAGGUGAAGGACAUUGACUAUAGCUUAGAGAUUCACCAUGUGAAAGGCAGUGAGAAUAUUAUUGCCGAUGCCUUGUCCCGCGCACCGCCUAGUCGUGAGGCAUCCUAA